GAAGAGGCUGUUCUCCAAAGAACUAAGAUGCAUGAUGUAUGGAUUCGGGGAUGACCAGAACCCUUACACAGAAUCAGUGGACAUUCUUGAGGACCUGGUAAUAGAGUUUAUCACAGAAAUGACACACAAGGCCAUGUCAAUUGGGCGGCAGGGUCGCGUACAGGUUGAGGACAUUGUCUUUCUAAUCCGCAAAGACCCCCGGAAGUUUGCCAGAGUUAAAGACCUCCUAACUAUGAAUGAAGAACUGAAACGAGCCAGAAAGGCCUUUGAUGAAGCAAACUAUGGAUCUUGAUUCUGUGUGCAGGCCACACUGGGGCAUUACUUGGGCACCUGCUGCCCAAAAGGAAGGAAUGUUAUGUGUGGUGUUUGGAGGGGUUAUUCAGGAUGGAGGUCACUGCUAGGAUGUCUGCCCUUGCUCCUAGCAUCUUCUGAAAAGUAUUCAAGCAGCUGAAUGUUAUCUGAUUGUACGUGGUAUACUUAUGUAUUUUUAUACCAUUUUAUGAAAUAAGAGCUCUCAAGAUUUUUGUAAUGGCAGGAAGUCUGUCUGAAGUAGGACUGUGUUGAAUCAGAUAUCUAGAGGGCUAAUGAGGGGUGACUCUCUACAACUAUUUCAGUUAUCACUGGCUAUUCCUGUCACAGGAAACAGAAGAUGGAUCUUGGUUAACUGGACAGUCUUCAAGGCCAAACUACUAUAGAAGUUCUGCUCCUUGCUCUGUAUAUGCUCUUUGAAUAAAACAUUUUGUUUGUGCCCA